GAAUGUUUCAGUAGCUGGGUAAAACUUUUCAGGUUAUCUGCACAGACACAAUGCAGUGUUCUGUGUGAACUACUACAGGGAUAAUCUCAACAAAUCUACCACUUCUAAUACUAGCUGUGGUCGAGGGCAAAAAGGCAGGAAGGCGAAUGGAUAUCAGGCCAAUUCUCCUGUUACUCUCUGUGUUUGGACCGACAUGGGGCUUCAUGGUAGACUUAGACUAUGGAGAUGUACCACUCUGGAUCAACCGAUUUUUGGGAGAACCAAGUGUGUUGACUUUAAAAGAUCGGAUGGACCCUGGCUGGUUUCGAGCUGUUAGUGCACAAAGUUGUCCCUUUGACUGCGACUGCCUGAUCCAGUGGCCCACAGCCCUCUACUGUGACCACAGGGGCCUUGAUCAGCUUCCCAUUGGCCUUCCAUCCCAUAUACAGUACCUUUUCCUCCAAGGUAAUGAUAUAAUUUCCCUCGGUUCCAGAGCAUUUGCCAAUGCCACCAACUUGCGCUGGUUGCUCUUGGAUCACAACCAGCUACUGAGUGAGCAUCUCAAUAAUGCACUGUUCUCCAAUCUGACCUUCUUGGUAAAUCUCUUCAUAAACAAUAAUAACCUGACAGAGGUGCCAACCGGACUUCCCAGUGGCCUUAAACAGCUGCGACUUGCAUAUAAUCACAUUGCAAAGAUUUCUCCCAGUGCUUUCCAAAAUCUUGAGAACCUAAAGUUACUUCUGUUGCAAGGCAAUCGUCUGAAAACUAUUGAAGAUGGUGACUUCAAAGGUCUUGGAGCCCUCAACUUACUUGAUCUCAGUCACAACAUCCUGGACACUUUCCCCAAAUAUCUGCCCCCAUCUGUCCAGCAGCUUUACCUAUCGAACAACUCUCUGACUGGCCUAACUGAAAGCAGUCUUCAGGGUUUUAAUGGACUCCGUUAUCUACGGCUUGGACACAACAAAUUGACGAAUGUAGGGUUGGACCCUGAAGCCUUUAACCUCACAUCACUGGUGGAACUGGACCUUUCCUAUAACCAGCUGACAGAAAUCCCAUCAGUUCCCAUUACCCUUCAAUACCUUUAUCUGGAGGUUAACCACAUCCAAGAGUUCAACGUGAGCAGUUUCUGCAGGGCAUUGGGACCCACAUCAUUUUCGCGUAUGAAGGUACUGAGGCUGGAUGGUAAUAAAAUGGAGUAUCACAAGCUGCCUCCUGAUUGGGUGUUCUGUCUACGUGUCCUUCAUAACAUUUAUAUUUGAUCUUCUUAAACCAGCUCAAAGUUUUAGGCCUAUGCCAUUUUACAUGCUUUGAGAUAGCAUGCAAUAAUAUGCAAUAAAAAAGCAUGUAUAUUUAGAUUGUGUUAGAAAAAAAAUCAGUAUACAAUAUGCUAAUGUUUUGAAUAAGCAUGUGGAAAAUAGUCUACCAUUUACAUUAUGAACUUUUGUUAUGAUCUGAAUGUACUCUAUAUGGACAGCCAUAUUUUGUUUUGACGUACUACACAAUGCAAGUCUCAGUUAUUGCGCCCUAUCAUCUUUUUUCGCACUUUGUAUUUCAGCAGCUUUGUAUUUCUUAGGAGUACUAUACUAAGAAGUAUGCUAACUGUUAAGCAUGCUGGAUUGGUCUGGAAAAAAGAUUGUUGUUCCAUAUCCAAGGGAUCUCUGUUAUAUUAUGUUUUUUUCUUCUCAACUGCUUGUCUUAA